GUCCUCGAUGCUGAGGCGGUCGAGGAGAGGCAGCGCGAGGUGCGUGACUUGCUCGAGGAGUUCGACCAGGUCCUUGACGAGCCCAAGGGAUUGCCGCCGCACCGGGAGUUCGACCAUCGCAUACCUCUGGUCGAGGAGGGUCGAGCAGUGCACGUGCAUCCCUAUAGGUACGUGCACUUUCAGAAGAUAGAGAUCGAGCGGCAGGUGGGCGAGAUGCUUGAGUCCGGAAUCAUCCAGCAUAGCACGAGCCCGUUCUCGUCACCGGUGCUGCUCGCGAAAAAGAAGGACGGCACGUGGCGGUUCUGCACGGACUACCGCGCUCUCAAUGCAGCCACCGUGAAGGAUCGUUUUACCAUUCCAUGCGUCGAUGAUAUGCUGGACGAGUUGGGUGGCGCGCGUUACUUCUCCAAGCUCGACCUACGCGCAGGCUACCAUCAGAUCAGUUUGGCCAAGGAGGACGUGCCCAAGACGGCUUUUCGCACGCACCAAGGGCACUACGAAUAUCUCGUGAUGCCUUUUGGUUUAUGCAAUGUGACGUCGACAUUUCAGUUUGCGAUGAAUUCAAUCUUCAAGGAGUACCUUCGUAAGUUU